AUCUCCCAGGAUCAUCAGUCCAACUCCUGUCUCCACACACAACCACACAAAAUCCAAGCACUGUGUCUGAGGGUGUUGUCCAAAUGCUUCUGGAACUCUAGCAGCUUAGGGUUAUGACCACUGCCCUGGGGAGCCUGUUCCAUGCCCACCACUCUGUGGUGAAGAACCUUUUCCUAACACCCAGCCUGACCUCCCCUGACACAGCUCCAUGCCAUUACCUUGGUUUGCUUUCCAUGGCUGCCCCAACACCCAGGGUUCUGGCUGUUCACAGGGGAGACCCAUCCCCUGCUCCUGGUCCUGGAGACAAGGUACAUCUGCUGGAGGGCUGGCUUUCCAGACAGGAGAGGACCACAGCCUUUCUCCUCCCCCAGGCCUUCCAAAUCAAGAAUGACACUGUCUCCUACCUCCAGGAAACCACAGGCUUUCAGCAGACUGCUGUUCAGCAGCUACUGGAGACCUGCAUGCAGAUCAUUAGAAGCAUAGCUGAAAAGCUCAGCCAGGACAUUCAGGUAAGAUACGGCAAGGGCAAUUUCCCUUGUUUCAGUAGCACAGCGCUAGCCCAUGGUCAACUCAACACUCGUAUGGUUCCAGGUUGGAAAAGUCCUUAUCAUGAGUGCUAUGUUUUAGGAAGUGUCCAGUGUAGUGCUAGACUACUGAAGCCAGUGGUGCAUACCCAUGAAGUUAUUCAUCCCCUCAGAAUAUGCAAACUUUGCCAAAUAAAACAUGAGGCAAGUAUUGCACAGCUAUCAGGAGACAUCCGUGUUGUCAGGCAAAAGGUCCAGAAGAUUGAUAAGGAGAUCUACAGCCUUCACUCUACCCUCAAAAAUUAUGUUAGCAGUUCUGAGAAGAUGGUAAUGCAGCUAUUAGGCAAGAUAGAGACUUCCAGCUCUGAUCAAAGCUCAAAUUUGAAGACAGUCUAGGAAGAUCAACACCAUGAAUUGCAACUUCUGGAUUUCAACUUCUUUACUGAUCCUCAAGAUCCCGCUUUCAUGAUCAAUAUUCUUAGAGCAGUCUUGUUACUAAAAAAAACCUAUCAUAAUUUUAGGUUGACAAGUAUUCUAAAUGACUUGAAAGAUCAGAUUCAGAAUCAGCAGAAGUGGAUGGAAGCACAGCUGACACGAUCUGAAGAUCGAGCCCAGUACCAGCACCAGCUGCUGCUCAAUGCGAUGAAGGAGAGGCUGCUAGAACAAUCAGAUAACCCAGAGAAACACAAAAGGCAGUUGAACCAAAUUAACAGUGAUGAAAAAAACCUGCAUGCAAGAAUCACCAGGUUUGAAAGACAGAUUUGGAAGGAGCUUGAGGAAAUCUGGAAUGAAUACAGAUCAGGAUUUCAGUCCAUUCAGGAGUCUCUGGAGCUGCUCAAACAAAUGCAGAACACAAAGCUGAAACUUGAAAAAAAGAAAACUCAGAAAGACAUGCAAAUGUACAAAGCAAGAGACCUUCCACGAGACUGAACUCCAAAAGCAAAUCCCUAUAAACACUUGCAGAUGCUCUCUCCAGUGAGAAGCAGCACUGGAUUAAUGGAAAAAAUAGCCUUUAAACACGCUCACCUUUGUUCUCCCAGUCCCUGUAGGAUGUUCUUGUGACUUUUCGUAUUGCACAGCCACAAAAAUAACAGCUUUGCUACACUUGCAGCCAUUGUCAAUUUCACAGUAAAAAGUAUAUGAAGAAAAGCUUUAAGUAAGGAUUGACUUAGAAUCUUGAAAGCAGAUUUCAUACAGAAGUAUUCAUACUACUUAAAGGACUUCAAGAAACCUAUCACUCAGUGUUUAAGCACUGUUAGCCCA